CGCGCCAGUCGGCAGUGCGUGUUUGUCCCGAGUCGAGAACGGAGGCUGCCGCGUUUCCUUGUUUUUUCCCGCAACUGAUAAGCAGAGGUUCAGUCUAAUCUCCGAGAGAUGAAGCCACUGAUAGUGAUCGUGCUCGUGAGUCUGCUGGCAAGUAGCUGCCACAUUGUCCAGUCCCAGGAGCCAGGAGAAGUCGUCGUGGAGCAGGAGGCCAGCGAAUCUGAUGACGCACUUAAGAUCAAGCAGAGCCAGGCCAACAUAGCCGCCCAGGUGGAGGCCAUGCUGGAGCAUUUCCAGCAGGAGGAUCCGCAGGGCCUGCCCGGAGUGCCCGUGCCCGAUCCCCUGGAGGUGCCCAAUGUCAAGAAGAGCAUGGGCAUGGCCAAUCUGGACAUGAAGCAGGUCAAGGCCUACGGUUUGUCCAAGUUCCGCAUUGACAAAAUGAACCUGGACUUGAAGGAGAUGAAGUUCAAUGGUGGCCUCCAACUGGAUCAGAUGCUGGUCAAGGGGCAGUACACGUUGAGCUCCUUCUUUUCCAAGGCCAAUGGACCCUUCACCGUGAUCCUAAAGAACGUCUAUGCCGAGGCCACUGCCUUCCUGGCCGUCGAGCGGGAUGGCCACCUGGCCACGGACCGCAUCAAGAUCGACAUCACCUUCUCAGACAUGACCAUGGACUUCCAGAACCUCGGAAUAGUGGGCAGCGUCUUCCAGAGCGUGGUGAACGGGGCCCCCAAUCUGGUCUUCGACGCCAUGAAGCCGUUCAUGCUCCAGGAGGCGGACAAGAAGCUGCGCAGCGAGAUCAACACCAUGAUCCAGAACACCUUGGGCGAGCGGCGGCUGCCCAACUCGAUAACCCCGCUGGACAGCGCCAUAGCCAUGGCCCGCAAGAUGGUGCGCGAGAAGGGCUACGAUCCGUACCACUUGCCCGAUGUGAAUCGCACCAUGGGCGUGUUCAGCGUCCAGCUGGCACACACCUGGAUCAAUGGAAUCUCGAGCUUCUACCGUGUGGGAAACAUCACCGCUGGCAUGGCCAACAAAACGGUGUCGGUGGUUCUUCAAAUUGGCACGCAGCAGGUGACGGGCGCCGGUCAGUGGGAAGUGGGUCUGGGCAUGAUGACCCGCGUGGGUCACGUCCAGUUCACUGUGCAGCACAUCCGCGCUACCGUGGGCGUGAGUCAGUCCCUGGACACUCGGCAGCGGGCGCAGAUCACCGAUCUGCAGUUCGACAUGGGAAACAUACAGGUGCGAUGUGAUGGAGCAGGAACGCUGGACUACGUCAUGGAGUUUGCGGUAAACGUGAUCCCGAACCUGUUGCGCUACCAGAUCAUGGACGCCAUCGAGAACCCCAUCAAGCAGCGCGUCCAGGAAAAGUUCAACACCAUCGACGUGGAGCAGGUCAUCAAGAACAUGGCCCAGAAUGAUUUUAAGUUUGACCCAAAAAUGUUGGGCUUGUGAGUCGGUAGUAAGUAAGUGAGUUAUUGCAAUCGAAUAAAGAUUUAUCCCUAGAACGUGGGGAAUCACAAGCUA